AGUGCAGGGUUCAAGAAAAGAAGAGGGUAAAACUUCAAGCAAUAAAAGACCGUUAUCCUUGAGUGAUUUUGGAGUGUCUAUGUCGGAGGGCUUUUGUAGCAUUCAACAACGUUUCGUUAAAAACCAUAAGCUUAAAAAAAUAAAGAAGGAGAGCCAUAACCACGAGAAGGAUCCCAAUGGUAUUAGUGCUGACGCACUUGAGGAUGCUCCGAAAGAUGCUAGAAUCGCCAAGUAUUGGGGCCAACGUUAUCGAUUAUUUCGUAAAUUUGAUGAUGGCAUCCAAAUGGAUUACGAGGGAUGGUUUAGCGUUACGCCAGAGAAGAUUGCGGAACACAUAGCAAACAGAUUGUGUCCUCGUGGCAGGAGGAAAAGUAUGCUGACCAUGGAUGGAUUUUGUGGCGUUGGAGGUAACACAAUUCAGUUAGCCGUGCGCUCACCAAUUGUACUUGCUGUUGAUAUUGACGUAAAUAGGAUCGCAAUGGCUAAAAAUAACGCAAAAGUGUAUGGGGUCGAUCGAAAGGUUGAGUUUGUUGUUGCAAAUAUGGAACACUUCGUACCGCGAGUAGCACCCGAUGCAAUUUUCAUGAGUCCGCCUUGGGGAGGUCCGGAAUAUAAAAACAAGGGCACAUUUAAACUUGACGAUAUGUGUGUUAAAUUUAGAGAAAUCUUUCGCGUUUAUCAGGCUUUGUCACCAAAUCUGGCAUUUAUAGUGCCCCGGAACACAAAUCUAGAACAAUUAUGCGAAUUAGGCAGAGUUGAAGUGGAGCAGAAUUUGCUAAAUAAAAAAAUCAAAACAAUAACGGCAUAUUAUGGAAACCUUAUUUGCAAAUAAAGCUAUCCAUUAAAAAAUAAAUGAAGCACAAAGCAGAAGCUGAUCCUUAAAGUCUCCGCGGUUUCUUGAGAUUUGGUCCGCUCUUGCAAAAGCUUUCCCUAAACUUAACUAGGUUUACUCAUGGUUUUGCUUUCGCCAAUUUAGCGCUGUGAAGACAGACGCCAGUCUAAUAUUCCUGAGUUCUUUAUUCAUUUCUAACCAAUAGUAUAAUAUUGGAUGUAUUAAAUAAAGGCUAACACGAAUAUUAUUUUUUUACUAAUUUGAAGCCACCAUUGUUCGAACUAGAGAAGUGUCGAAGUGAUGUAUAAAUCGGGAUAGAAAAGGUACGAUAGUGCAAAUACGUAGAUAAUUACGCAGGGAAGUUGUGGGCUAAAGCGAAAGCUACUUUGGUGACCAGACAAAACCAAAAGGUCCGCCUGAAUUAUUUUACAUAAGUUUUAUGUGAAUUAGAGUUUAUUCAUAGUAACUUUUCAAGGACCAGUUCUUUAUUAAUUGUGGUUAUGUAAUGUUAUUUGAAGAGUGUUCCUCGUUGCUUUUUAUGUACAAAAUGUUAACGAACAGUUUCAACCUUGUAUGCAGGAACAAUUGUGAUAGCACUUUAAUGCUUGAAUUUAAAUCAGUUUAGUUGCGCUACCUAUGGAACCCUAUUGUACUAUUGUGACAAAUUGAAAUGACGAAUUUAUGAUGAUGUGUUCCUCUCGUAGCCGUUCGUAACGGCACCAUAGUUGGUAAUAUCAAUAGCCCGGAGUAAACGUGCGUCUCAAGAGCGGUCAAGUGAGCCAUAUACAGGAAGUCCCGUUUUGGUGGUGAGUGGUCCUUCCGUCCCCGGGAGCCACCGACUUCCAAAUGAUUAAAAAUGACUUUCCUUGCAUUUUCCCUUAUUUCUCAGCCCUGUGUUUAAGCUGCCGGAUUACCAAAGCUGUUUGGGAUUCUAAGGUAUCUCCGGCGCAGUGGUUUUCAACGUAGAUGCCCUCGGGCCAUACGUAAAAGACAAACGAAGCUGUUUUGGACAUCGCGAUUUUAUUGUAUUGUUGUCGAUAGGAUGGAGGUAAGCAUUUUAAUAGUUAUUAAUUAGAUAUAGCAAAUAGCUGUGCUGCAUGUCCACUUUAAUCACACAAAGAUGUUUACUUGUCUAUUAGAGAGGUUUCGAGCUUUAUGAUUUUACUUCAUUGAAAUAUUUGCAAAUAAAGGCAAAUGCUUAACAACAGUACCACAGGAAGAAGUCGAAACAUUCAUUUUAUUUGUAUAAUGGAUAGCUAUUAUGAGCAUUUCCCGUAAUAGAUUUAAUUACCUUAUUUACGACGGAACUAUAAUCAUGUCACCGCAAAUUAUUACAGAUUAGAUUAAUUCAAUCCAUUAGGUCGUUAUAUAAAUUCUGGAUGUAGUGUGCAUUUUGUCAUCUUGCCGUGUCAGUCCUUUACUAAUUGUUCAGAUAUAAUGUACCGAUGUGUAAGUGUCCCACUAUGAUCUACAAAUCUGUCGCUAUUCUUUUAUAUGGAUAACGCAGUUUCAACGUCGCAAUGUCCAAAAAAUUUGCUUUAAAAGAAAUUUUUAUUGGUCAGGUGACUUCCUAUUGUGUUAAAAAAGGACACGUCCAUAUUUAAAGUUUUCAGACUUUUCAUUGAAAAAAAAUUGAACAGGUUAUUCUCUUAAUUGCUCUAUUAAAACCAAAGUUGAUACACUCAGACUUCAUUUUCUUAUUAACGUUAAAGAUUUUAUAUUGAAGUAUAGUGACUAGAACCUUUUGUUCAUCCAUAAUAGCUGUUAAUUUCUACUGGUGAGACCUUUUCUCAACUCAACUGAAACCUUAAACACUCUAAAUUCUUACUCUGGUCGAAAGAAUGAAUUAACAUAAAGCACAACCGUACUGAUGGGACGUCUCUUUCGUAAAUUACCUGAGAAAUCCUGUCGAUAGCGGCUCCUAAUUUUUCAGGAAGUAACUCAGU